CUUUUCAAUUCAUUUAUCUGCAGGAAUGAUUGCGACUAUCAGUCUAGAGCUCACCACCAGACUGAGUAGGUGAAAGUUGCGCCCCAGGAAGAUAAACCGCAAAAGACAAUAUUGCAUGAAUACAUGAUUUUGCGCGCGCAUCGGAUGAGCGUUGUAGGGGGAUUCCGAGCGCGGCGUAGAAAGUAAACAGAAAAAAAAUCUGUGGAUUCGAGUUUGCUCAGUCCAGUGAGGUGCAGGAGACAGCGAGAGAGAGGGGGGAGGAAGAAUAUCCGUGAGUGAUUUUUUGAUUCCUGCUCUCAGUCGUCUCCGAGUCCAGACUGAAGAUGCUCCUGGACGCAGGACCGCAGUAUCCCACCAUAGGAGUCACUACUUUCGGCUCCUCGCGGCAUCACUCAACAGGCGAAGUCACGGAGAGAGAAGUGGCGCUGGGGAUAAACCCCUUCGCGGACGGGAUGGGCGCCUUCAAAAUCAACCACAGCUCCCACGACAUCGGCUCCGGACAGACUGCCUUUUCCUCCCAGGCGCCCGGCUACGCGGCAGCCGCUUUGGGACACCACCACCACCCGACCCACGUUGGCUCUUACUCCACGGCGGCUUUCAACUCCACCAGGGACUUUCUUUUCAGAAAUCGGGGUUUCGGGGAUGCCACCGGGGCGCAGCACAGCCUGUUCGCCUCCGGGAGUUUCGCAGGGCCACAUGGACACUCCGAUGCGGCGGGGCACCUGCUCUUCCCCGGGCUGCACGAGCAAGCGGCGAGCCACGCGUCUUCCAACGUGGUCAACAGCCAGAUGCGGCUGGGCUUCUCGGGGGACAUGUACGGGCGAGCCGACCAGUACGGCCACGUUACGAGCCCGAGAUCCGACCACUACGCCUCCACUCAGCUCCACGGCUACGGCCCCAUGAACAUGAAUAUGGCCGCGCACCACGGAGCCGGGGCCUUCUUCCGAUACAUGAGGCAGCCGAUCAAGCAAGAGCUCAUCUGUAAGUGGAUCGAACCGGAGCAGCUGACGAACCCCAAAAAGUCGUGCAACAAAACUUUCAGCACGAUGCACGAGCUCGUCACCCAUCUGACCGUGGAGCAUGUGGGGGGGCCGGAGCAGACGAACCACGUUUGCUACUGGGAGGACUGCUCCAGAGAAGGGAAGCCGUUCAAAGCCAAAUACAAACUUGUAAAUCACAUCCGCGUGCACACCGGAGAAAAGCCCUUUCCGUGUCCGUUCCCCGGCUGUGGCAAAGUCUUUGCGCGCUCGGAAAACCUAAAAAUUCACAAAAGGACUCACACGGGUGAGAAGCCUUUUAAGUGUGAGUUUGACGGCUGCGACAGACGAUUUGCAAACAGCAGUGACCGCAAGAAGCACAUGCACGUGCACACGUCGGAUAAACCCUAUUUGUGCAAAAUGUGCGACAAAUCCUACACACAUCCCAGCUCCCUGCGAAAACACAUGAAGGUCCACGAAUCCACCAAUCCAGGAUCGCAGCCCUCCCCAGCUGCCAGUUCAGGGUACGAGUCUUCAACGCCCCCCACCAUAGUGUCCCCCUCCACAGAGAACCAGAGCAGCAGCUCCAUAUCACCAGCAGCUUCAGCAGUCCACCACACAACCAGCCACAGCACGCUGUCGUCGAAUUUCAAUGAAUGGUACGUGUGAAUAUUUUUGACAAAAAAAGAAGGAAAAAGAAAAAAAGACUGUAAAAAAAAAAGAUUUUUUUUAUUUUUAAAAAGUCAGCGUGGACUAUGGGAAAAUAACCGGAUGCGUUCAGUUAAAGGCCGCCUUAAUGUCAGUGAAUGCAUGGACAAAAAGGACGCACGGACCCCCUUUUUCCCCCUUCCUUCAAUAUUUUUACUGAAAGACUGAUUAAAAAAAGAAAGAAAGAAAGGAAGAGAGAGACAGAGGUGUGAAAUAAGCAUGCUAUCUCCGGAUUUUUUGUACAUAACGAUUUCACCAAGUUGGCCAAAUGUAUUAUUUUAUUUUGUAAAUAAUUCUAUCACAGUUUAAGGGAAUUUGUGGAAAAAAAUGUGGUCUCUUGAUAUAUGGAGAAACGGCUCUAAGAGGGGAAAAAAGAAUGUUAUAGUUGUGUACCAAAAUGUGAAUUAUUCAGUAUUACUACAGUCUACACGUCGAUCUAACCGACUCUUAGUAUUAAUGUGCUUUUGUAGCCUCUCCAAGUGCAACAUUUUUCGUCCAGUUUGAGUAGCACAGUAUCAUUGUUGUUAUUUAAUGUCAUGUCGAUAAAUCGUGUAGUGAAAGCCUGAAAAAAAUCCGUGUCAAUCUGUUUAUGUACGUGAUAAAUAUAAAAAAAAAUCUCUGUCAAUUGCUUUGUCUGAAAGGAAGUAUUAUUACAUGUAAGUAGCUCAAUUUUCCAUAUUUAUCCGCAUGUAAAGGACAUGUUAGAAAUGAUCGGUAUUUAUGGAGAAAUGCGCUCGUAUGUAAAAUUUAGUUUACACGAAAAAUGUUUGGAUACAUUUCGUACUAUAUUAAAGGAUUCAGAAACACA